AUGGCGCACCCCAACUGCUCAGCUGCCAGCACAGUGGUGGAGACAGCUGUGGGCACCAUGCUGACAGUGGAGUGUGCUCUGGGCCUUACAGGUAAUGGUGUUGCCCUCUGGACCUUCUUUUACCGUCUCAAAGUGUGGAAGCCUUAUGCAGUCUACCUGCUCAACCUGGUGGUAGCUGACCUGCUGUUAGUCACCUGUCUGCCACUCCUCGCUGUCUUCUAUCUGAAGGGUAAGACCUGGGAACUUGGUCAUGCACCCUGUCAAGUCCUGCUUUUCCUGCUGGCCUUCAGCCGUGGUGUGGGUGUAGCCUUCCUGAUGAUGGUGGCUCUAGACCGGUAUCUGCGUGUGGUACAUCCUCGGCUCAGAGUCAAUUUGCUGUCUCUAAGGGCAGCCUGGGGCAUCUCUAGCCUAAUUUGGCUUCUCAUGAUUGCCCUCACUCCCCAAAACCUGCUCACUCACAAGGCUCUCCAGAAUUCCACCAAGUGCCCCAGCUUCUACCCCAUCGGAGACAUGGAGGCCAGUGCCACCUGGCAGGAGGUACUCUUCUUCUUUCAACUCCUGCUCCCCUUUGGCCUCAUCUUCUUCUGCAACACUAGGCUCAUCAGGACCCUGCAGGAGAGACUCCGAGAGUCUGACAAACAGCCCAGGCUCCGGAGGGCCAGGGCGCUGGUUGCCACGGUGCUCCUGCUGUUUGCACUGUGCUUCCUGCCUAGUAUCCUGGCCAGAGCCCUGGCACUCAUCCUUUGGGAAUUUGACAGCUGCAGUGUCCAGCAAGCCAUAACGCAGGCCUCUGACAUCGCCGGCAGCCUUACCUGCCUGCACAGUGCUUUGAGCCCAGCCAUCUACUGCUUCUCCAACCAGGCCUUCACCCACUCAUACCGGAAGGUGCUCAGAAGCCUUCGAGUCUGGAGGAAGGCAGCAGAGCCAGCUAGCUCCAACCACAGGGACUCCUAUUCCUGA